GUUCGAAGAACACGGUUGGUGAAUUUUUUAAUCCUGGUUAUGAUUGCUCUGACAUUUUGGACAAACUGCGAGAUGCUGAAGAUGGAUUUUACUGGAUAACGUUGAAAGGGCCCAAUGUCCACAAGGUUAGAUAUUUACUCUUGUAUUUAUUAAAGUCAUUUAAAUUAUCCAAAAAAGGAAAUUUUUAAAGUCUACCGUAAAUGAUCCAAUAAACACCUACUCUCCAACAAACGCCCACUCUCCAACAAAAGCCAACUCUCCAACAAACGUCCCCCCCGUAUCUAAUAAACGCCAGGUCCAAAUAGAUGCCAUUUCAAAUUAAACGUUCCUCAUGAAACAAACGCUGCCCCUGCUUAUAAAGAUUAUGUUUUCACCUGAGUUUAUAUACAGCUAUUUCAAUUAAGGUUGUCCACGAGUAAAGAGGAAAAGUCGAAUACGAGCGCGAAAGGCUGCUGGGAAUCGCUAAAAAAUUAAUGAAUUUAUUAGAGAUUCUCAGCAUUCUUUCGCGCUCGUAUUCGACUUUUCCGCUUUGCUCGGGGACAACCUUAAUUGAAAUAGCUGUAUAUUUGGGUUUGUAUGUGUACAUGUUUGUGUGUUUGUGUAACUCAAAAAAUAUCCAACUUAUUAAUACAAAAAUUUGUUCGGCUCAUAAAAAUAACCCAAGGACAAAUCGAUGUAAUUUUGAUUAAAUUUGGAUAAAACUUAGAUGAGAAAUUAUCAAAAGUUUGUCUUGCUUCACUGAGAAAUGUACACUAAAUACGUAAUUAGCUUAUUGUAUAAUUUAUGCAUGACAUAUAACUUAAUUUGCUGGCGGAGGUAUGCAUAUGCAGUCUCUGAGUGCCCCCUAUUUUAACAUUUAUUAGGGUAAUGUAAUGUAAAAGUUAUGAAAAUUGAGGAGUUUCGACAUUUGCCCACUCUGCAAACUAUUGGUGCAUGUUUUUAAAGAAGCGCAAACGUGUCAGGAAGUGAAGUUCCUGGGUGCGAGGUUGAUUUUGUCUGGUUAUCAUAUAGGCAUGGUGUGAUAUGAGCACAGACGGGGGAGGAUUCCUGUUGAUUGGACGAAAAAAUAACUCCGUCACGUGGACAGUCCCAUCCAAUAACGAGCCGGUUGAUCCAUACGGCGAACCCCAUUGGACAAGCUCGCUUGGUGACGCACCAAUCCUGGACUUCAGGGUACAAAUGGCAACACACGAGGACUUCAAGGCCACAAAGGCACACUGGUGGGUAUUGAAGGAAUACGAAUGCAUACAAGGUCAAGAAAUAAUGUAAUUUUUGUAACCCAUUGGUAAGAGACAAUCAAAAUGGUAAGUAUAUUGUGGUGUGCGUACGAGUACGAGUUUAGAUUUAUCUACCAACUGGUGUAGUCACGAACACAUAUGGUAUGGGCAACCCUUCACCAGAAAUCAUAUACAAUUCUGAGGUGAAUGACAUCAUCUAAUAUGCAUAGAAUGACAUCUCACUUGUGCAAUCAGAAUGACAAUGAUUUUCAGUUUUGACUACUGAACUACAUAAUUCAGUUAUGUUUCAGUUUAUCAGACAAUGCAAACUGUUCUUUUCUGAAAAAUUAAAUUGUGACACAUUUUUUAACCUAAACGUAACUGAAUAUGGCUUUCCUUACAGGUCAUUUAGACUUCAGUCAAAACGUCCUUUAAAGAAUUUAAUGAUGACAACUGCUGGGUGCGACCAGAGGUCUGCUGGGAUUGGAAAUAUUGCGUACGUCAAAGAUUUACAAACAGAGAAAAUUGUCACUACAAAGUUACGAUGUUCCAAGUUUGGUUUCGCUCAUCAUCAUUUGUUGAAAUUUGGAUGGGUAUGUACACAUAAAUGUACAGAGGAGACCCUGGGGGAUCUCCUUGGCUAUAUUGACUGUUGUUACAGGUUAUUUAUAGGAUAAACAUCGAGGAGGGAUUGAUGUUAGACAAUGACCUGAGGACGCCCAUGACUUUCUCGUUAAAUAAUGAGUGAAAUUAAUGAAUGGUAGAAUUGAUGAACAGAAUCAACGAAUGGUAGAUACUUGUAUUUUUCAGACUAUGAUGAAUUCUUGUUUGCAAAAGCCAUGCCCAUGGGGAUUUGCUUAUUACCAUCUUAUAAAAGUUCAAACAGAUAACUAUGGAGGUUUCAGGUAAUAUUCAUGGCACGGAUUAUUAAACUGCAGUUAGUCUAACUUUGUGGUGAACCUAGCGAACUUAAUAAUAACAUCUUAUUACCCAAAUUAAUAAAUUUACAAUCAUCCAGACAUACAGUAUACGAAUAGAUCGUCUCGCUCUUUCGUCAUAUUUCCUAUUUCCUUGCUCAACUUAAAUCAAACUUUAUGCCGUUUCCAAACAGUUUUAGCACCACUGGAAAAAUAUCUGGCAUGGACUACAAUGCAACUGCCUUCGUUGGAUGUGACAAUGGACAUGUAAGUUUCUUUGGCACCUCCAUUGGUCAUCUGACAACAUAAAAUGCUUAAGAGAACAGACCAUUUCCUACAUGCAGAUAUUGAAGUCCCACUUUAAUUUUUCUAACUAAUAAAGGCUUAACUGGUAAUUAAUAAAGGUUGGAGUUUUUCUCAGCUCCAUGUGGUUAUCAUGCACAACUCAACAAAAACGAACGAAUAUUCAGUUAUGUUAAUAAGGAUAGCUUUUUUUUGCAAGUCUCAACCAAUUGUUUAUUAAUGAGGCAAUACGUUCGUUUUCGUUGAGUUGUGUAUAUGUUAACUUUUGUGGGACUCAAAAACUUUUAAAAGGCAAAUACAAUAACAACUUAUAAGUUUUAAUUUAUCCAAGCUCCACUAUAUUAAUGCGACUGCCCGACUAAAAGUAAAGGUGAUGUCUUGCUACCUUUACCUAUUUUUGAAUGACCUAUUUUUACAUAUAUUACAUUACUUAUUUCCGAGUCGAGCUUGUGAUAAAAUAAAAUGAAUACUAUUUGAAGCGUCUUUAUAUUGACAGUGUUGUGGUUGUUACGGUCCAGUGGGUGGGACCAAAAAUUACUGCGCGCAGAAUUGUAAAGCCAUAAAUGGUGGUACAGUCAAGAAGAAUGUUUACACCUGGUUUUGGGUGCGAUCCAGUCUUCCUAGGAGACUUUGGAAGAAAUGUAUGGAUUAUCAAGUGAAGAUAGAUGACGGAAAAUUGAUCUCGUACAAGUUGAUUGGACACAGUGUUGUUCCUGUUGAGGUUAAAUUUUUCCUAUAUAAAUCGCUGUUCACACCAGCUUUUGCCAAUUUCCAUCCAUGACAAUAUAGUAACAUAUAUAUAUAUAUAUAUAUCUAGUUCUUCAAAAAGAAGAAAAAAACACAGAUUCUAAUUUCUAAAUAGAUUAAAACCCACAAUCAUUUUCAAAUGCCUUGGGGCAGCUGUCUUAAAUACCUAUAAUUUGAACAAACUUCCCCCACCUCUACUAAAUUUUGUAUCUUCUCUUCCGUAUUCAAUGUUGUGCAUGUUUUAUUUGAUGUGUAAAGUUGAUUGGUUGGGAAAGCAACAUAAAUUGGGGGAGGGCGGAGAAAAAGAUUAAUGCGAUUAAACAAACACCAACGAUGGACUUAUCCCCUGAAACCGUGGCAGUUGUCCCAAUGACCCUUGAAAGUGAACGAAGUUACGAAUGGUGAACCCGAGCAUGCAGAGAAAACCCACGACUUUCGGCAGAGCGUUGGCAGACUCUUUUCACAUCCAAAACAAACCCACGAUCGUGGGAGAAUCAAACCCACGAUCUCCGAGGUGAAGGCGCUUGCAGCUCUGACGACUGCGCUACCGAACCCCCUUAUACAAUUUAAACAAUAAAAUGUUAAAACUAGUAGGUUUAGAUGAUUAUUACAAUUUUCUUUGACAUCCCAGGGUCGUUGCACUAAAGCCUCAGCUCUACUACAUGAUGGGGUGAGUAUAUAUAAUAGUUACCGCCUGCUACGCAGGCUAAUAUAAUAGACAAUGAUAUUAUAUUCGUAAGAAUAACCAAAGUAUAAGUGAUUAUCUCUAAUACAGAUUGUAGUCGUCCCAGACAACACAACCGCAGAGAAGGUGCCUGACAUUGAUGGUUUGUUAGAAUAUCGCAAAGACAUGCAAGAACUUUAUGUAAGAUCGAACAAAAGAUGGAAUGCAAUUGCCUUAGAGGAGAAGGUAGGCCAAUGCAUUCCAGGGUCUAAAUCAAUGUAUAAAAUUUACACUCAAAAUUUCCAUUUACCCUUCAACACAAUAUAUUCUAGAUCUGAUAUUUAUCUACAGAGAUAGCUUACGACUAAUUAUUGUUUUGUUACACUUAGGGUAAACAAGAAAUUAACCGGUUGGAAAAUCUGAUAAACAAAAUAAAUACAUCUCUCUCCAAGAGUAAGUGCUUGUCUUGA